AUGGUGCGCGUCGACGUCGACGUGCACGGCCCGACGACGGCGCUCGAGCCCUAUUGGAAGCGCAGUUUCGGCUCGGGCCACGCCGCGCUCGGGCUGCGGGACGACUGGCAGGCGGCGCUGGCCCGCGGCGCCGAGGCGUACGGCCUCGCCGGCAUCCGGCAGCAUGGGAUCUUCGAUGACGACAUGGGCGUCGUCUCCCUCGACGCGGCCGGCGAGCCCGUGUACAACUUUACCAACAUCGACGUCCUCUGGGACGCGCACGUGCGAAACGGCGUCGCGCCGCUCGUCGAGCUCUCCUUCAUGCCCCUGGCGCUCGCCAACUGCUCGUCGGCCGCGCGGCCGUCGUCGCUGCCGGCCUGCGUGCCCAACGGCUGGGUCCGGACGGGCGUGCCGUUUCCGCCGCGGCGCUGGGACGACUGGCGCGACCUCGUCGCCGCCACGGCGGCGCACGCCGUCGACCGUUACGGCCUCGAGGAGGUGCAAACGUGGCGCUGGGAGGUGUGGAACGAGCUCUGGGGCGUGCCCGGCGCGUCGGAGACUGCGCUGGGGAACUACACGCGGACGUUCUACGCCGCGAGCGCGGAGGCGAUCAAGGGCGUCGACGCGACGCUGCGGGUCGGCGGGCCCGCGUCGGCGGGCGCCGUCGUCUUGCCCGCGUUCAUCGAGGAAGUCGAAGCGCUGGGUCUGCCGUUGGACUUCGUCUCGUCCCACUACUACGGCAACGCUCGCGAGUUCUACUGGAAUCCGGACUGCUUCGCGAAGGGGCUCGUGGCCUGGGCCAAGAGCUUCGUGCCCGACAAGUAUCCGUUCUACGUGACGGAGUACAACGUCGCCGUCGGCGAGAACGACGUCGCGCACGACACGUCCACGGCCGCGGCGUUCCUAUGGCGCACGAUCGGCGCGCUCGACGGCGUCGCAGACGUGCUCUCCUGGUGGGCGUUCUCCGACAUCUUCGAGGAGGCCGGCCUCCCGACGACCGAGUUCGCCGGUUCCACCGUAGGCCUCGAGACCAUCUCCGGCAUCGCCAAGCCCGCGUUCCGCGCGUUCCAGCUGCUCCACGAGCACGCGGGCCCGCACCGCGUCGCCGCGACGGUCGCCGUCUUCCUCUCGAACUGGGACGCGCGGCUCCCGCCCCAGGGCUGGUCCGACGCGCCGGCGCCGACGACCGCCGUGACCGUCGCCGGUGUCUCGGGCGAUCUCGAGCUCUACCGCAUCGACGAGGAACACGCGAAUCCCCGCGCGAGAUGGCUCGCCAUGGGCGCGCCGGCCGUCCCCUCGACCUCGCAGCUCGCGGAGCUCCGGGACGCGUCGCGCGUCGCCGCCGAGGUCGUGACGCUCGACGCCGGCGCCGUGGCCCUCGAAAUGCCCGCGAACGCGGCCUACCUCCUCGUCGGGGCCGCAGCCUAG